CUAAUUGUAGUUUGUUUUCUAUUACAGGUCAGCUUUGUUUUGCAAUGCCAAAAAUGAAGGCAGAGAAAAAAGAAAAGAAGGCAGAGAAAAAAGAAAAGAAGGCAGAGAAAAAAGAAAAGAAGGCAGAGAAAAAAGAAAAGAAGGCAGAGAAAAAAGAAAAGAAGGCAGAAGAAAAAGAAAAGAAGGCAGAAGAAAAAGAAAAGAAGGCAGAAAAAAGAAAAAAGCUAAAGCAACCUGUGGCCCAAGAGGAGGAGCUGGAAUCAGAAAGCAGAUCAAAGAAAAAGAAAGGCAACCUGCAGGCAACAGAAGAAGAGGAAGAGCUUACUGCAGAGGAAAGGAGGAAACUGGAGAGAAAGUUGAAAAAGGAGCGCAAGAAGAAGGAGAAACAACUGCUGAGGGAAGCUGGAAUCUCUAUUAAGAAGGUGGAGCCCAAGAAACCAGCAGCAUCUGAGCUGGCUCUGGCCUAUUUAACCAGCUGGUCUGAAAACCCAGAGGAGUGGAAGUUUCAGAAGACAAGACAAACCUGGCUUCUCUUGCACAUGUAUGACAGAGAGAAGGUUCCAGACAAGUAUUUCACCAUUUUAUUGGAUUACCUGCAAGGGCUUCAAGGCAGUGCCCGAGACAUAACUGUGCAGAAAGCUGAAGCUUUUAUGAAGGAUUUGGAUGGUUCUGAUACAGAAGACCCAAACCUGCUGGAGAAGUGCGAGCGCAUACGACAAGUUCUGCAGCUGCUGUCCUGAGAGCAUUUCCGAGUCUUUCAUGGUUGUCUGGUGGAGAGAAGGACAGACUGUCCUAAACAGAGACUGCAAAUUAGUUACAAAGGUGGAUUUUCUGAUAAGAAUCCUACUAUAAAGUGUUCAGCUUUUGUACUCAUCAUUUAUUUUCCCGAUAUAAAUGAUGAGGGGUUUUGUGCUCAUCAUUUAUUUUCCCAGUUGCAAUUAUUUCUCAUGGUUUGAGGUGAUGAAAUAAAAACAGCACAAUUGAUUCACAGACCUGUUACUUAAAGUCACCUUUACUGCAUAUCUUGACCAAGAUCGACCUCUCUCCCCCUGUUAAGUUUUUCUCCACCUCCCUCCCUUGUAAAUUACUCUUCAGUAAGAGGAAGAUUUGCGGCUCUUAAGAAGAAGAGCAAAGGAACCAACAGAAACAGCCUGGAGGGUCUUUUCCAAUGGCAGCUUUCAAAAUGAGCUUACAGUACAGUGCUUGCUCAGCCAGCUGUGAUCUAUCACUUUCAGCUUUAGAAGGAUGUCGUUUGGAUUUGGGAGAGAUCAUUUUCAGUCUGUUGAACACGAGUUGUAUAACACAGUUGCUUAUUAGUGCUUCACACGGUAAUCUGGAGAUGCCAUCAGCUUUGUUAGCUUUCCUUUUGUGUUUUAACGUUUUCCAAUGCCUGAUGGCAAUUGUUUAGGUAGAGAGAUAAUGCACAGAUGGGGACAGAGCAAAUCCUUUGGCUGUACGUGGUGAAAUCAUCUGGUUGUAAGCUUACCCUACAAUGAAAAGUGCUGCGCUGCGACGUCCUGUAUCCAGCCUGCCAAUAUUCCCUUUUCAUCUUUCCUUCCUAAUUGGCAUCAAAAGAGUUAAUUUGUGCAUGGGACUCUUGCCUCCUCUGAACACGCUGAAAAUGAGGCUUUCAAGUAAAAACCAAAGACACUAAUUGCUCACGA